AUGGAUGACUCAACUCACGCCUGUCCCCGUUCCGCCACAUCCACGUCGCAUGGCACAGAUGCCACAAACGCCUCUGCCUCCUCUAGGCAUCCCCUCCUCGUGCGGGCUUCGGCGUUCAAAACCAAAACGCAUACCCGCCUCUCCAAAAUCCACACCCGCAUCCCGUAUCUCCGUGCGCUACCUCUACCCGCGAUCCUGAUCAUUCUGCUCUUGAUCCUCGUCAACCUUAUAGUCUGGGCCAUCUGCGGCCUAAUCCUCGCCUUCCACACAGACACGCACCUCCUGGGCACGGCCGCACUAGCCUACAGCCUCGGUCUGCGCCAUGCUCUGGACGCCGACCACAUUAGUGCCAUCGACCUGAUGACGCGGCGGUUGAUCGCGACCGGCCAGCGACCCGUCACGGUCGGGACCUUCUUCUCGCUAGGCCACAGCACCAUCGUCGUCGUCACAAGCAUUGUUGUUGCAGCCACCGCCGCCGGCGUCUCUAAACACUUUGACGGCUUCGGCACCGUCGGCGGCAUUAUCGGCACGUCCGUGUCUGCCGUGUUCCUGAUCCUCCUGGGCGUCAUGAACGCGUACAUCCUCUACAAGCUGGUGCUGCAAAUGCGGCGGGUCGUGGACAUGAGCCCGCACGCCGCGGCGGCCGAGGGCUGGAAGAUCGAGGGCGGCGGCGUCCUCUUCCGCGUGCUGAAGCGCAUGUUCAAGCUCAUCGACCGGCCGUGGAAGAUGUACCCGCUGGGCGUGCUGUUUGGGCUGGGCUUCGACACGAGCAGCGAGAUUGCCCUGUUGGGAAUCAGUUCCAUCCAGGGCGCCAGCGGCACGAGUCUGUGGCUGAUUCUGAUAUUCCCCGUGCUGUUCACGGCGGGCAUGUGUCUAGUCGACACCGCGGACGGGGCGCUCAUGAUGUCCAUGUACGUGGCGCCCAUGGGCAUGGGCGGGGACAAAAAAGAGACAGAAGCACGGGGCCAAGCGCUGGCGGCAGAAGACGCGCGCACGCAAGAGCUCGGUGUCGGCUACGUGGACGCAGACGACACUUCCAUCCACCACCACAACGACGACGACAAUUCCACCCCAUCACCACCCGCCGCAACGCCUCAGGGCAGGAACAGAGUAAAAGACCCUCUAACCUUCCUCUACUACUCCAUCGUCCUCACAACAUUGACGGUCAUCUGCGCCAUCGUCAUCGGCGUCAUCCAGCUUCUCUCCCUCAUCCUCAACACCGCGCACCCAACCGGACCCUUUUGGGACGGCGUCGAGGCCGCAGGCGACAACUACGAGAUCAUCGGCGGCGCCAUCUGUGCGAGCUUCGUGGUUGCGCUGGUCACGAGCCUGCUGCUUUUUGGGCGCUUCAAGAGGUGGGUGGCGAGGAAACGGGCUGUUACGAUGGUGCAGGCGCAGGGGCCGCAGGAGGAGGGAGAUAACGAGCUCGGGCCGCCGUACAGGGAUGAGGAGGUCGCGGGAGCAGCGGUGGUGAGGGGAGAUGCUGAGAUGGGUGGGGAGAGGCGCAGUGGUGAGGAGGAUGGCGGGUUAGUGAUUGAGGAGAUUGUGGAGUUUGAUGGGAAGCCCGUUGGUGGGGGUGACAGCAGUGGCAAAAGCGGUGGGAAGGGAGGCGUCAAGGCGGUGCAGAGCGAACUUGUUGGGGGUGGAGGUGGUGAGGGUAGUGGCGCGAGGUGA